AGGUGAGGUCACACACGUAAACACAUGCCGUACGAAUCAUUUUACUGUSUUACAUUUUUGGGGGAAGAAMUAUAGAGCUUUAUACACAUUCACACAAUGAAAGUUAAAGUCCUCUCCAGGAAUCCGGACGACUAUGUCCGUGAGACGAAGUUGGAUAUCCAGCGUGUACCACGGAAUUACGACCCGUCCCUCCAUCCGUUCGAGGUGCCAAGAGAAUACACCCGUGCCCUGAAUGCCACCAAGUUGGAGCGCGUGUUCGCCAAGCCGUUCCUGACUUCUCUGGACGGCCACAGGGAUGGGGUGAACUGCAUGGCCAAGCACCCCAAGAGCCUCUCCACAAUGCUGUCCGGCUCCUGCGAUGGAGAGCUGAAGGUGUGGAAUCUAACCAAACGUGAGUGUGUUCGUACACUCCAGGCCCAUGAAGGCUUUGUCAGGGGGGUGGUCGUCCGCUUCUGUGGCACCUCCUUCUUUACGGUUGGUGAUGACAAGACUAUCAAACAGUGGAAGAUGGAGACUCCCGGCUACGGAGAGGAAGAGGAACCUCUCAAUACUAUUCUUGGGAAGUCUGUGUUCACCAGCAUCGACCACCACCAGAAGGAGGGUGUGUUUGUGACGUGUGGCCAGCAGGUGGACAUCUGGGAUGAGCAGCGCAGCAACCCCAUCCGCUCCUUCUCCUGGGGCGUGGACAGUUUCAACUGCGUCCGCUUCAACCCUGUAGAGACUGAACUUCUAGCAAGUUGUGCCUCUGACAGAAGUAUUGUGCUGUAUGACAUGAGGGAAGCUACACCUCUUAAAAAGGUAAUCAUGAAUAUGAGGAGCAACACUUUGUGCUGGAAUCCCAUGGAAGCUUAUAACUUCACCUGCUCUAAUGAAGAUUACAAUCUGUAUACAUUUGAUAUGAGGUACCUGGACAAGCCUGUCACCGUCCACAUGGACCAUGUCUCAGCCGUGCUGGAUGUAGACUACUCUCCAACUGGUAAGGAGUUUGUCUCGGCCAGCUUUGACAAGACCAUCCGCAUCUUCCCCAAAGACAGUGGGCACAGCAGGGAGGUGUACCACACCAAGCGCAUGCAGCACGUCAUCUCCAUAAAGUGGUCGUCAGACAACAAGUACAUCCUGAGUGCUUCAGAUGAGAUGAACAUCAGACUGUGGAAGGCCAACGCUGCUGAGAAGUUGGGAUUG